GUUACUUCUCCAUUUCUGCGGCGCACCUGGCAGCAGAAGACCUGAUGGGACUCCUCAACAAAUAUGACUGAGUAUCCAGAUGAGGAAGGAUGAGUCAGAGGACAAAGAAAAAGACGCGGACGUCCUUCGGGGCAACAGCACCGCCCUUCAUUGACUACCUGAAAGAUAUUCUACGUCGAUAUCCAGAUGGUGGACAAAUUCUGAAGGAGCUAAUUCAAAAUGCAGAUGAUGCUCAAGCCACUGAAGUGGUUUUCAUCCAUGAUGAGAGAAGCUAUGGGACUGAGAGCCUGUGGACUGAUGAACUAGGAGAAUACCAAGGUCCUGCUCUCUACGCCUACAACAAUGCAGCGUUCACUGAUGACGACUGGAAAGGAAUUCAGAUGGCAGGGAGGAGUGUCAAGCGCGAUGAUCCAAACAGAGUCGGGAGGUUUGGAAUCGGCUUCAACUCUGUUUACCACAUAACAGAUGUGCCAUCCAUAUUCAGUUCAAGUCAUCUUGGCUUCAUGGAUCCCCAAGAAAAAAUAUUUGGGGAAAGAGAGGGAGGGUUUUGGUGGUCUUUGAAAGAUCCAGAAGACCAAGAAGCUCUGACGACUGUGCAUGAUCAGUUCCAACCCUUUCGAGAUAUAGUUUCACUUGUAAGCAGACAAGAAUGGUCAAAAGUUGUCAUGGAGGAUGAGCACUUUGACGGAACAAUUUUCAGAUUCCCCUUGCGCAACAAGGCUUCAGAUAUUUCAGAUAAUCUAUAUGACUCUGACAAGGUGGUUGAUCUUUUUGAUAGCUUCAUUGCAGAUGCAGAGUUGAGCCUCCUGUUCUUGAAAAAUGUGACGUCUGUGUCCUUGGUACAUAUCAAUGUACAUGGUAGUGUCAACACCAGACUUGAAGUGAAAUCCUCAGUCAACACAGAUGUCAUUUUGGAGUCAGAAGAUGAGUCAAUCAUUAAGGGUUCAACAAAGUACAAAUUGAUAACCCUCAGCUCAGAAGACCAAAAAGAAACAAAGUGGCUUGUGACAACAUGUACCAUGAAAGAAGGCAAUGUAGAUUGUCUUGAUUUACUCGCAAAAAAGUUAUGCUUUUUCCCACAAGUCGACUUGGCAUUCCCUUGUGGUGAGAAGAGAGACUGUAGUCAAAGUAGACUGAGCUGCUUUCUCCCCCUCCCAAACAAUGAAUCCAACAAGACAGGACUCCCAGUUUAUGUCAACGCGUGCUUUGGCCUCACAGACAACAGAAGACACAUCAAGUGGCAAGAGGAAGACCAGAAACAUGAUGAACAUGCUGUCUGGAAUGAAUUACUGAUGAAAGAAGUGCUCCCACAGGCAUACUUAUUGAUUAUUCAAGAUGCUAUCAAACUUGCCCAAGAAGUUUCUCUGCCCGUCUCUUCCGUGUACGAUCUGUGGCCAGAUAUUGCCCAGAUAAGGCACAAAGACAAAUGGCUUGCUUUUGCUCUGGAUGUUCUUCAACACUUAUUCAGACAGAAUGUGGCUGUCCUCUCUCUCGCCAGGGACGAAAGAAUGUUUAUCACUCCAUCAGAAGCUGUGUUCCCCUGUAAUGGCCCAACAAGCCCUGACAUACUGGCCGCCAUCAAAAGGACUUUGGUGUCCUGUGGAGAAAAUCUUGUCACUUUACCAAGUAGUGUUGCAAGAGCUAUAGAAGAAGCCUAUCCACACGUCAACACCCUAAAACAUGUGACGCCAGCUUUCUUAAGGGACAUUCUUCGCACGUCUGGUGUGGACUUCAUCUCUGAAGACGACAAACUCUGUCUUUUGGAGUACAUUUUGAGUGAUGGAAAAUACAGAGAACUCGAGGGUCUUCAACUGCUUCCACUCAGUGAUGGCUCUUUCAGAUCUUUCACAGACAGACAGGAGGACACUGCUCUAAUUGACAGCAACAAAUUUCCAAGAGUCUUGCUACCAUGCUGCCACCACCUCUUCAUCCCAGAUGAUCUCAGUCCAGCCUGCAAUACCCACCUGAAAGAACUGGCCGGAAAAAAUUUAUUCAAGGUCAUCAACAUUGAUGCUGACCAGGUGGCUGAAUAUACAAGGAGGUAUUUGCCACAGGACUGGAAGCAGGUGAGGGAAGGGCUUGUAACCUGGAACAUCGGCAAAGGUCAACAUCCACCUUUGGACUGGCUCCAAGAAUUCUGGAAAUUUCUCAACACUCACUUCAGAGAGUUAAGUGAUUUUAUUGGAAUGCCAUUGAUACCAGUCAGUCCCUUGUCUGACAGUCAGUCUGUAUCACUAGCAAGACUACAGCAGAACACAACACUAAUUUUUCAGAAAAGCAAGCAGAUUAACUUGCCAGAACAAAUAGCUCAGUUGGUGAACAAAGUUGGUGGCACAGUGGUGAGAGGAAACGAGUGGCUCAAGCAUGAAGACCUACACUCUUAUGUACUGUGCCCAUCUCCUGAAAGUGUCAUGAAAGUCUUGGGGAAUUUAGAUUCUCAAAAUCUCAUCAGAAAACUUGAGACUGCCUCUCCCAGACAACGAGAAGAACUCAAAGAUUAUCUCUCUCGUCUGGAUUCUGUCUCAGUCAAUGAGAAAGAUUUACUCUUAAAGUUGCCUCUGUUCCAAACCAUGAAAGGAUCCUGUGUUCCAGCUCAAUCAAAACAGGCUGUGCUCCUAAUUUCUGGUCUAACAGUACCAACAGAGUUCCCUAUGCCUGAUUCAGUUGUGCAGUGUGCAACUGAGGCUGAUCGCAGACUGUUACAGCUGCUCAAAGUUAAACUCUUGGACACAGCUGAAGCAGCCAAUCUUCUCAUUGGCUGUAUUGAGAGGGGGGCUUGCAAAAAAGAUGACACUGAGAAAAUCAUGACUUGGAUUUUAGAGCAUGGUACUAUCCUUUUCUCUCAAAAUCCGACCUUGAAAAGCAAAUGUAAGGACCUGAGAUUCAUUGAAGUUAAUGGAGAGUUGAAAAAGACCUCAAGCUUUUUUGAUCCAACAAUUAAAACUUUUAAAGUCAUUUUUGAGUCAGAUUUCUUCCCCCCACCUUUAUACACUCAAACAUCGCAAAUGCUUGAAAGUCUCAGAGAUCUUGGAUUGCUAAAUAAAGAAGUAGAUGUAUCACCUCAGCACUUGUUGCAUGCUGCCACACUGAUUGACCAACUGAAUGUCGACUCCCAAACUGACGCUGGUAAAAGAGCUCAGGUGCUCUUGAAAAUGUUGGAUACUAAUGAUCUACUGUCAAAGUUUUCUCAGGACCAGCUUCGUUCCCUUAAAAUGCUGAAAUGGGUCCCAUGUGCUAAAUGGGGUGAUGACAAAAAACCCUGCAAUGACAAAUCUCAGGAAAGUUGUGUCUUCUGUCCAGAUGAAAUAAGACAUUCUAUAUAUGAGGACAUUGUUGGGCAUGUAAUGCCUCUAGUGGGAAAAUUCAGUGACAGUGUUACCAACAAACUUGGUCUUAGAAGCCUACCCCCACCUGAAAAAGUGGUAGAGAAUUUGUCAGUCUUGGCAUCAAAAGCACAAACAAUGACUGAUCCUGACACUAAUGUGGAUUUCAAAAGGAAGUUGCGUAGCAUUUAUGAACACAUGCAAAACCACAUCUCUGAAUUUACAACAUUGAUGAACAAAGACACACGAUGGUUGUGGAACCAUAACCAGUUUGUAUCACCACAGGAUCUGGUUCUAGACUACCCACGCAAUCUAGAUCUGAGCUCUUACAUUGGGAAGGUGCCAAAUGAAUUUCUGCCAUACAAGAGAUUGCUCCAGGAGUUUGGUCUGAGAACAUCACUUUCAGAUGAAGAAAUUGUUGGCAUUCUUCAUUCUAUCCAGCAAACCAUUGAAGAAAGGCAACAGCCAUUGGCAAGUUCCUCUGAGAUAAAAGUGUCAAUAGAAAUUCUUAACUGGCUAUGGAGAGAAAAGAAGACAGUUCAGAAUGACAUCCCAGUGCCAGUCCUCAUAGAGGGUGAACAAUAUACUCUCAAACCACUGUCAACAGCAGUCUUCUGUGAUGUAAGCAAAAAUGGUUUAAAUGAGCUUAAUGACAGCCAGGAGGAAAUUCAUGUCGUACAUGAGGAAAUCCCUAAAGCAACCGCUGAAUGGUUGAACAUCCGAUUCCUCAGUACAUACAUCCUUGAUCCAGAGUUAGUGGGAAUAGAACAGUGUGGGCAAUCUGAACCAAUAACAAUGAGGAUUAAAAACAUUCUUAAAGAGUAUGAUGAAGAAAGUGACAUCUUCAAAGAGCUCAUUCAAAAUGCUGAGGAUGCUGGGGCAGACGCCUGUAAAUUCUUGAUGGAUUUCAGAGUGCACAAAGAUGCUCCUGAAAGUCUCAUUGAUCCUGACAUGGCCCUUUGUCAGGGACCUUGUCUUUGGGCAUUUAAUAAUAAGCUGUUCACAGAUGAGGAUUGGAAAAAUAUUGUCAGAGUUGGCUCUGCCUCAAAGGAAAACAUGGUGGAGAAAAUUGGAAAAUUUGGACUUGGAUUCAAUACGGUGUAUCAUGUGACGGAUGUUCCUUCUAUCCUCAGUGGCAACAGUCUACUCAUACUUGAUCCAAAUGUAACUCACCUUAAGAAGCACAUCAAACAUGGAACAAAUCCUGGAAUCAAGUUGAAUCUCUCUGUACAACGACAUUUUCGUUGUUUUCCUGGUCAGUUUGGACCAUAUGAACGCAUAUUUGAUUGUAAUUUCACCAAACAAAGUCCCCCUAAACCCUAUCCAGGCACUCUGAUCAAACUACCUUUCCGAACCAAAGAAGAAGCUCUCAAGUCAGAAAUAAGCACAAAAGUGUAUCACAAAGACAAUAUCAUCAACUUUCAACAGCACUUAACUGAGAAUUCACAAACUCACCUGCUGUUUCUGAAGAACAUCAAUACAUUAUCUCUACAAAGUAUCUCAAAAGAUGGAUCAGUUCCGCCAAGAGAUGAUGAAAUAGAAACUGUCCUUACAGUCUCCAAAACCACUGUGAGUACAAUGAGGAUUCCUGAUGAAUCCAAUGUGUCAAAGCAACUUCAAGCUGAGAAAUCAUUGAUGAAACUUGAUGGAAAAUGCAAAGAGGUCAUUGACUGCUGCAAAGUCAACAUUGUCCAAAUAACCAGUCAGCAAUCUGGUGUUAAUGAAGUCCAGUCCUGGCUCCUAUACAACUGCUUUGGGACACAUCAGUCUAUGAAAAUCUCCCUUCAAGAAAACAAGCAAGCCAAAUUCUCUUUGCCCAUAGGGGGGGUUGCUGUGCCUUUGCAAAAUAAUCCAGAAACUGGGAAAAUGGCCUCAUUACAAACAGAUCUUGUUGGACAGGCAUUUUGCUUCCUCCCCCUUUCCAUUCACACAGGUCUUCCAGUCAAUGUAAAUGGAACAUUUGCUGUGACAAGCAACCGAAAAGGUCUGUGGGAGAGUGGAGUGAAACAUGACUGGAACAAAGCCCUUCUUCAGGAUCCUGUAGUGACGGCAUAUGUUACUGCACUCUUGGCACUAAAGAAAAUGUCUGAAAACGAGCAACUGGAAACUUACAGUUAUCACACCUUUUGGCCUGAUAGAGAGAAAGUGAGUGAAACAUUCAAGCCUUUGGUGGAUGCAUUUUACUCCAUAAUUGCCCAGCACUCCACUGGUCCAGAGCUCUUUAGUGAUGGAGAACAUUGGUGCUCAAUGAACAGUGCCAUAUUUCUACACGAGAGCAUUGAAGAGGAUGAAGACAUCAGUGCACUUGUAGCGCAGGUGUGCAAGAAACAUGCAAAAGCACCCAACCAGGUUGUUCCUCUUCCACUGUGGUUAAGAAACAGCUUCAAACAGGCUGGCCUGGAAAAGGUUUUACAGAACAGAACAUGGAACUGGAAGAAGUUUUACCAAGAAGCAGUGUUCAACAACCUUACUACCUUGGACCCUCAGAGUAGAGAUAAUCUUGUGCUGCAUGCUAUUGACCUUAACAUCAAAGAAAUUGACAAUCUACUGAUCUGCUAUCCAUGCAUCCCUACAAAAGGUGGACAACUCCAGUAUAUCAAAAAACUUGUGAAUCCGUCAGGGAAAGUGGCCUGUCUCUUUGAACCAGAAGAGGGACGCUUGCUUGGCGGUACCAAAAAUGACUUUUGCUCCCCAAAAAGGAUUCAGCGCUUGUUGGAACUUGGAAUGGCAAAUGACCAUCUCCCAUUGGAAGAUAUCACAGACAAAGCAGGCACAAUCACCAAAACCUGGAGCACUGACAAAAAGAAAGCAUAUGGGCAUAUGAAAUGCCUUCUUGAACUUAUGAAGAACCACAUGAAUGACAAAGACUCUCCCCACUGGGAAACACUGAGGAUGACUGAAUUUCUCCCAGCAUAUCGCCCCGGUGAUACAAGAAUGGAAAGAAAUGCAACACUUGGAAGGCCCACUGAUAUUUUUUGUGACAAAUGCUCCCUACUUGUUAACAUGACAAAACCUGUGCUGGAUCACAACAAUCUGAAAAUACACAACACCGAUCCAGUCUUACAGAUUUUGGGAGUUCGUGACAUUCCAAGCCCUGAGACUGUGCUUCAGCAACUGCAAGUAGCAUGUAAGCAAUCUCAAUCUAUUGACAGCACCGUGAUUCACAGCAUAGCAUAUGAAUGCUAUAAGUUUCUGGAUGAGUGGCUCAUUGAUUCUGAGAAUUCCAGUUUCAUUUCACAGAGGGCAAAUUCAUUCCCAUUUAUUCUUGUUGGCAGUGCAUUUGUAAAUGUGAACCGUGUGGCAGAGAAUGAGCAAUUUGAAGCAAAACCCUAUCUCUAUGUACUUCCACCUGCCUUCACUAGUUUCAAGAGGCUCUGGGAAAGUGUAGGUGUUGGAAAAUGUUUUACUACCAGUCAGUUUCAAACUGUGCUCCAGGAAUUGCACUCUCAACAUGGCAACAACCCCCUGCCAAAGAGUGAUCUAUCAAUCUGCCUCACAAUUUUGAACAUAGGCAUAUAUAGGGCCAAAGAGAAAACAACAGGGGAUUGUCUCAUACCCAACGAACAUGGAGUUUUACAACCUGCAAGUGAGAUGUUUUACAAUGACAGUGCAUGGAUACCAGUUUCAUCAGGUGUCACAUUAUGCCACGAGAAUAUCCCACGUGUUAUGGCUCGCCACUUUGGAAUUAAAACUACCAGGCAUCAUACUCUGCAAAAUCACAUUGUUGAGAACAUUUCACCAUUUGCUUUUCAGUUUGAACAACAGGAACAACUCCCUGUUCGAAUUAAAAACAUAAUUUCAGCCUAUCCAUCAAAGAAGGAUAUCCUAAAAGAGCUUUUACAAAAUGCUGAUGAUGCAGAAGCAACAGAAAUCCACUUUGUUUGGGACAAACGACAGCAUGGCAAAGAAAAAACAUUUGGGAAGAAAUGGAACCAACUGCAGGGUCCAGCACUGUGUGUGUUUAACAACAAAGUGUUUUCUGAUGCUGACCUGCAUGGGAUUCAACAACUGGGAGAGGGGGAAAACACAACACAGCAGGGAAGACAGGGAAAUACGGAGUGGGAUUCAACUCUGUUUAUCAUCUCACUGACUGCCCCUCAAUUCUCACUGGAGAUCAAUUACUCUGCAUUUCUGAUCCCAAUCAGAAGUACAUUGAAAGUCAUUUAGACAAACCACCAGUUGGCAUUGGCUAUACACUAGCCGACACUUUCAAGAACAUGUACAUAGAUGUCUACAAUUCCUUUCUUCCUGACAAAUUUUCUCUUAAAGAGGGUACCAUGUUCAGAUUACCUCUAAGGAUGGGUAG